CCAGGGUCCGACAGUAAAGGGACGUCCUUCCAUCUGUUGGUAGGCUUGGUCCAUCGGCAGUUUGCCACUGCAACGGUUGUCGACCGUUAGUCUUAAAGUUUGUUAUGUCACGGAUUUCUAAUAAGACUUUUCCACUACAAAUCGACUUUUUUGCCACUCGUAACGACUAAAAGAUGAAAAAAAAUUGAAGACCAUUUCCAGGAAAUUAGUAAGGCAUUGCCUGGAAGACAGAAAAUCAAACUUCUCCCUUAGAAGUUGAGCGCAGGACAAGGGAACAUACAACUUUAAGUUCAUACAUCGGGUACAACCCUAUAUCACCUACCACUGAACAAUGAUGGGAGACUAUGACUAUGAGAACAGUUCUUAUGAGUACCUGGAGUAUGGUGACUUUGAUGAUAGCAAAGAGGGAUAUACACAAAAAGAAGUGUUGCAUAUCAUAUCGGUUGUGGUGUAUAGCAUCUCAUUUGUAGUUGGCACCUUGGGUAACGGAAUUGUCAUAUGGUUAACUGGGUUCAGAAGCAAGCAGACUGUCAGCAGCGUGUGGCUACUCAAUCUAGCGGUGGCGGAUUUCGUUUUCGUGGUAUCUCUGCCCAUCUCCAUCGAUUACGUGCUCCGAGAUUUCCACUGGAAGUUCGGACAAGUCAUGUGCAAGCUCAACUCUUUCAUUUGCACGGUGAACAUGUAUGCCAGCGUGCUGUUUCUCACCGCCAUCAGUCUGGACCGCUACGUGUCGCUGGUCCAUCUGAACUGGUCUCAGAGAUAUCGCACCCUUCGGCACGCCUGGUUUGUCUGCAGGCUCAUCUGGGUCAUCUCGGGCCUCCUCAGCUGUCCGGCGCUGAUAUUCCGCGAGACUGCCCAGGUCCACAACAAGGUGGUGUGCUUCAACAACUUUCACGACGAGAGCGGUCACGUGGUUGCCAUGCGACACUUCGCUCUCGUCAUCGUGCGUACUACUGUCGGCUUCCUCUUGCCUUUCUGCGCCAUCAGCAUCAGCGGCAUCCUGCUGGCUUUCAAAAUGCGAACCUUGAACUCUGUCCGGGUGUCUAGCUUCUCCAGAACCGUCUCUGCAGUUAUCCUAGCCUUCUUCGUCUGCUGGGUGCCUUUCCACACCUUCAGUGUGAUGGAGUUGUCAAUGCACCAUUCGCUGUACCUGUUUCAUGUAUUACGCAUCGGUUUCCCUCUGGCCUCCAGCUUAGCUUUCUUAAAUGGGUGUGUGAAUCCGAUUCUGUACGUGCUCCUGAGUAAAAAAGUGCGAACGAUGCUAAAACAGUCUUGUUUGGUUUUCAGUAAGAGAUCUCUCCAGGAGCUCAGUCAGUCUGUGUCUGGCACCGAAUCUGUGUCAAUGCCCACCAACUGCCCAGCAGAGGAGCCCACGGCCUCAUCCAUAGUGUGAACGGGCAUGACAUCCAUUUCCACAAGUUCUCAGAUGUCUUUAUUAGAUUUUAUGUUUUCGACCCAGUUUAAAUUAGGAGACCACAGUACCUAAAAAGAUUGAUUGCUUGUCUAAAUAAGGAUGAUAGUGAAAUUUGUAAGUACAGUGUAACAUUUUAAAAAGUGCCACAGUUUGUCUUGCAGUGCUUCCAAAUCAGAGGCUAAUAACAAUGUUGGAACACCAAGUGGCAUUUACAUUUGUCGCAAGUGGUCAUAGUGCAGAGCCACAGUUUUUACUAAUGCUGGUA